CUUCAACACCCUGGACCACCUAAAUAGCACACUCUGCUGUAGUCUUCUACUCCUAGUUCAUAAGUUCAACAAACUAACCGACGCCUACAUUUCACGCUACAAAUAUCUCUCCGAUCGAUCCAUUCACAUCUCAAUUCCGCCGGAAAUGGCUUCCGAUCCCACCGGAAUCACCCACGACUUCCCGCCGUUCUUCCGGAUCCACGCCUCCGGCCACGUCGAGCGUUACCAGGAGCACGAUUUCGUCCCGCCGUCGACAGACCCCCAAAACGGCGUCGUUUCGAGAGACGCCGUGGUCUCGCCGGAGAACAACCUCGCCGUCAGGCUCUACCUCCCCCAAACCAAAACCGCCGCCAAACUCCCCCUCCUCAUCUACAUCCACGGCGGCGCGUUCUCCGUCCAGUCCGCCUUCUCCUCUGUCUACCACCCCUACGUCAACUCCCUCGCCGCCGAUUCCAAAUCCGUCGUCGUUUCGAUCGAGUACAGACUGGCGCCGGAGCAUCCCCUCCCAGCCUGUUACGACGAUUCCUACGCCGCCGUGAAAUGGGUCGGCUCUCACUCCCGGGUCGGGCAGGGCCCCGACCCGUGGCUGAACGAGCACGCCGAUUUCGAACGGGUCUACAUCGCCGGCGACAGCGCCGGCGCCAACAUCGCGCACGACGUCGUGGUCCGAUCGGCCUCCCCGGCGGAAAAUUUAGGGUUAAAAUUCUCAGGUCUGAUUUUGAUCCACCCGUUCUUCGGGUCGGGUAAGCCCGACAAAUUGUGGGAUUUAGUUUACCCUAACACGGCCGGUCCGAACGAUUUCCGGCUGAAUCCGGCGGCGGACUUGGCCCGGCUGUCGAGACUGAGCUGCGAGCGAGUGUUGGUGGUGGUGGCGGAGAAGGAUUUCCUGCGGAACAGAGGUCGGUAUUAUUACGAGGCAUUGAAGAGCAGCCAUUGGAAGGGGUCUGUGGAGCUCUUCGAGACGCCAGGUGAAGAACACGUUUUUCAUUUGCUUAAUCCGACUUCUGAAAAUGCGAUUUCGAUGAUGAAUCGCAUUUCUAAAUUCAUCAACGCGCCUCGCCAGAUGUCGCAUUUCUAGAAAUAGCGCUUUUGGUUUUAGUUAAUAAGUCGCGUUUGUGUCGCUAAGCUCUUUUGUUUCUGAGUAGAUUUUGUGGUUUGGUAUUAUAUUAUGCUGUGUUUGUUUC